AUGUACGCUAUAGAAGUGUACCUGAGAAGCAGCCCGCAGGUGGUCUACAACCGGAUGUUGCAGCGCAACCGACCCGAGGAGAGUGGAGUGAGCCUGGAGUACCUGACCGACCUGCACCAGCACUACGAGGCGUGGCUGAUGGAGGGGGACCCCGCCUCCCUGCCCGCCCCUGUCCUCGUGCUCGACGUCGACCAAGACCUGCAGCAGGUGACGCAGAUGUAUGCCAGGCUGCAGCAGUGUCUGCUCGAGCGGCGCUCCAUCAACAAGGGCCGCUUUCAGAUUAGUUUGCGCGGUGACCAGUUGUGUUUCUAGUCGUUAUACAUGUUACUCUUGAAGGUUGAUGGUUGUAAUCCACGGUGUCUCCAUGUAAAGUGGCUUACAGACUAGGAAACUACAGACGGCAAGUUACUGGUGAUCAGUGUUUUUCAUUACGUCACUUUCCCCCAAUUGCCAUUUUUACUGUCUAAAUGGAAAUUGACUUUCUGUUUUUCAUCUGUAAAAAUGGGAAUUGACUUGCUUUAAGUUACUAAGGGUAUGAUCACAUUGGAUGUGUGUAUAAUGUGCAAUUGCACGUCUGACCAUGCAUGAGCUGAGAAACAAAAUCUUGAAAGUGCCAUUAAAACAUGCUGCGUUUCAUAUCCUAAGGGUGUGAUCACAUUACGUAUAUGUGCAAAUGCAUGCUUGGUUGUGCAUGACCAACCGUACAGAUGAAAAACAAAAUAUGGAAAGAACAAUAGGAACACUCACACUGAACGCGUGCUCUUGCAGGUUGCGUUCAGUGAGAGCAGCUACAGGCAAGUCACAAGGCUUUGUUUUUUGGCUCAUGCAUGAUCUGACGUGCACUUGCACAUAUAUGCAUUACUUACUUACCAUUACUUACUUUGAUUCUUGAUGUCUUCAUCUUUUACCAGCAGGGCUGGAUAGAUGUGAUGCAUUCAAUAUGAUCACACCCUAACUUGAUGUCUCUACUUUCCUUGUCUAUAAGCCUCCCAUACCUGCAUUGGUAUGGUAUAGUAUAUAUAGUAUGGUAUAGUAUAUAGCUUAUACUAAAUAUGGAUAUGGUGUAGGUCUAGUAAUCUUGAACGGGAGGUUGAAAUCAACCUCAAAAGUGACAAGUUGUGCUUUUAGUGGUGAUCUACCGACGGUUGAUAGAAUUUUUCUUCAUGAAAACUAGCAAUGUUGAUGCUCCAAUAAGACCACCAUUAAUGUAGACUGGAGCAACGUAUCGUGUAUGAUUUACUGACGUGCAGAUUUACCUCAAAAACGAGACAAUAAUAAAAUUAUUGGCCUAAGGCAUGGUAAGCAUUGUAUGCUAAUUCCGUACUCGAAUUUGUAUUGUGCGUCAAUUAGUAAUCAUACUUGAUCACCCAUUAGUACUGUAAUAUAGUAUUGCAGUAAAAUGUAUAUUUCUAAUGUAAAGUGGGACAUGGAAAUUUAUCUCCAUCUGAACUUUGAGAGGGUCGGAUGAAACGGAAGAUCAUACUAUUGUUACAGAUAGACUUGGUUUAAAUUUACAAUGGGAGAACUGCUCAAGGCUUGGGGCUUUUAUAUAAACUUAUUAGAACUAAAUUAGUUGGUUUUCAUAUAAUAUGUUGUCCAUUUAUUGAGAUCAAAAAUUGUACGAAUGUGAAUUAUUUUCUGAAAUUAUUAUUCACGAUUAUGUUAUCGAAAAUCUCAUUACAUUCAGAUCAUGAAUCUCAUUACCUUAUCGAACAGCGUUGAAAGAGUUCAAGUUCAACAUACAAUUGGUACAAUAAGAUAAGAAUUGAAAAUUUUGUGAAAAUUGAUUAGAACAAGACAGUGUAUUGUUUUACAUAUCAUCUCAAUGUAUAGUCAACACUGUUUUGGUGAUUUUGUAGCAUUUUUCAUGACGAAACAGUACAAAAUACAAUACUGCUGUCUAGCUCAGUUUGGAUGUAUUUAAUUAUACAAAAUUUUAGUUUUUUCUGCUCAUGACAUUAACCUCAUUUAUAGUUGAGUGAAUUGAACGAUGUUGCCAUGAGUAUAUAAAAUAGAAUAAAACUGUCACCCAGUUGUCUAUUGGUAGUGACUUGACUCAGUGAAUGGACUGUUAUAAUUGACUAUUUUAUUAUGCUGUAUAUAGAGCAUUAAGUUGAUACGCUUUUUAGAAUGUUUAAUAGGAUUUAUAUUAUAUUUAUUAAAUAACAAUGUCAUAAAAACAACAGCUUAUAUCAAACUGCAAUAAGCAAAAUCUAUUAUCGAUUAAUAUUGUGCUCAAAUAAAACCUCUUUGGAACAUUUAUUUGUGACUAGAUUAAUCGUUUAAAGUCUAUAGUAAAUAUAAAAACAACUCUUGAAAAAUUUCUCUUUGAAUUGUUGUCUUAUUUUAAUCUUUGGAGGGCGAAGUUAGAGCUUUCUCUUACACUCAACCCCAAUGCAAUACCAAGUUACAAACUAAUUCAAAAUAUUACAUCAAACUAAUAGAUGCACAUUUGAAGUAACAAAAUAUAAUUUUAACAAACAAUAAAAAAGAGAAAAAACUGUUUCAAAUAGCGCAUAGAAACAAUAACUAAAAUUUCGUCAAGUUCAGUAAAAGUAGACUAUACUAAAAGAAAUAAGAGAAAAAAUACAGUAGAAAAUUCCACUUCAAAUCCACAGGCUAUUCUGAUAGAAGUAAGGAAAGAAGGAAGAAAUAACUGUGAGAGAAACACUCAUACGCGCACUUAUAUUCUGAGUCAGGGAGCAUUUCUGCCGAUUCCAUCACAUCUGAUCCACUGCAAGAAUUUGAAAAGAAUUUCUUGUGAACCAGAAAUUGUGAUGACAAGUACUGAAUAUGAAUAUGUUCAAUUCAAAAAUAUUUUAUAUUAUGCGUUUAAAGCGUUGUAAAAAAUAUCAGCUUCAAAAAAGUUAAAAACUCAGUAUAAAUUUCUUGACAUGAUGCUAAUAUUGUACUUUUUUCUUUUGUGUAAUGGAUGAAACAAUUUUCAAAUGUCAAUUAUUAAUGCCCCUUGGUAAAAAAUGUCGUUUUAAUUUUUUAAACAUCUUCUGUUUUUAAUGGACAGACACAACCUUGUGUUAAUUGGGGCUCUAAAGCUAGUUUCAUUUAUUUUUUGUAGUUUUUCUAAAUAUCAGUGAUUAAAAUUCUGUUAUCAGUUAAUUUUAUUAAUAAUUAUGUCUCACGUUAUUUUUCGCUAAAUCAUCUUUCUCUAGAUAAGUGGUUUUAUAUAAACUGAUCCACUUCCUUAACUCAAUAUACAAACUUAAGAGUAAUUGUUAUAUUUGAAUGCUGUAUUCUGGACUUGGUGAUUCUGUAAUUUUUCUACUUUUUCAUGACAAUAUAAGCUGUUUAUUACUUACACACUA